AUGAUCAUUCAAAGCCUGGAGCGCACCGCGCAUUUGGCUUGGAAUCCCGUGGGCGAGGACAUUCUCCUGGCCACCGGUACCGAUGCGCAACAAUUGAGCCCCGAUUUUAGCACAACUGGUCAUCUCGAGGUGGUCCGCCCUCAGCUCUCGAGCUCUUCGGCCCAGCCAGAUCAAGGCAGCACCAACCCUGAUGUGGUCGUUUCCCUGGAAAGCCCCGAUCGCUUUCACGACUUGAAAUGGGCCGCCCCCGCCAGCCGCGAAAAUGGCCUGCUGGUUGGCGCCAUGGAUUCUGGUGUCAUUCGCCUGUGGGAUGCUGACGCCCUCAUGCGGAAUGAUCCCAAUGCCUUGCUCGCUGCCCCGCGCCACCAUUCCGGAGCCGUGCGCGGCCUUGCGCUCAAUCGCCUUGAGCCUCAUUUGCUCGCGUCCAUUGCCGCCGAUUCCGAAGUCUACAUCAUGGACCUCAACAAACCUGAACAGCACUUUGCCCCGGGCCCAGAUCUCCAGCCGCCCCAGGCCAUGACCGGCGUGGCCUGGAACUGCCAAGUGCCCUACAUCCUGGCGACUGCCGGCGCCAGUGGUCGCACCACCAUCUGGGAUCUUCGCGCCAGCAAGGCCAUCAUGACCCUCUCACACAACACCCCCGGCUUUCAGCCUCGCAGCCUCGCUUGGAAUCCCGACCAAGGGCUCAGUCUCAUCGUUGCUAGCGAUAGUGACGCAACACCCGUCAUCCAACUCUGGGAUCUCCACAACGCCCAGGCCUGCGUCCACCAACUCCAAGGCCACCAAAAGGGCGUGCUCUCUGUUGCUUGGUGUCCUCAAGACUCGAAUCUCCUUCUCUCCGGCGGCAAAGAUAACCGUGCCCUGUUGUGGGAUCCCUUGGCCGAAGCCUACGAAGACCAGCUGCUCAAGGAGCUUCACCCCGCUGGCAACUGGAUCUUUGACGUCAAUUGGUGCCCACGCAAUCCGAGUUUGGUUGCCACAGCCGCUUUUGAUGGCCAGGUCCGCUUGCAGUCGGUUGAGGCCGGCUCUGAGGUCGCAACGACCAACCCACAGCCCGUCCUCUCCCCACGUCUCGGUGCCCAUACCCCGACCUCCGUCGGUGGCCAAAGCACCGGACAGCCUGGCGGCAGUGGUCAUCAUCACCAUCAUACUCCCAAAUGGCUCAAGCGCCCCUGCGGCGCCUGCUUCGGCUUUGGUGGCCAUCUCGUGCGCUUCUCAUCCGAGUCUCGCCGAGUCCAAGUCUUCGCUUCUGUACGCGAUGACCAAUUGGCCACCCAAGCCGACAGCCUCAACAAGGCGUUGGCCGCCACGGACACUCAGACUCUGGAGCAGCGCACCGAGGCUCUCGAGCAAACAGGGGCCGCCGGCGCCAUCGACGGCGAUGAUGUCAUCUGGCGUUGCAUUGUCAGCAGUCUUGAUCCCCAGGCCCGUAACAAGUAUAUGGGCCUCUUGGAGCUCAGUGCCGACACGGUUGCACAGGAGGCCGACCACAUUGCAUCUGGUGUGAGUCAGGGCCCCGCUGUGCCGCCCACGCUGGGCGACGACCUCUACGACGGCUGCUUCAAUGCCACCCCGGGCACCUCCGAACACGUGCUCGUGCAAGCGUUGGCCAUGCGUCAGUUUGACCUGGCCAUCGACGUCUGCCUGGCAGAGGAUCGUAUGGCCGAUGCCCUCAUGCUCGCCAUUGCCGCCGGACCAACCGAGCUGAGUCGUGUGCAGCAAUUCUACUUUGCCCGCACCCAGUCCCCAAGCGCACGCUUGCUGCGCAUGAUUACCGAGGAGCGCUGGCUGGACAUUGUCUCCCACAUGGAGCUGGCCGCUUGGCAAGACUGCAUGGCACUUCUUCUCACCUAUGCUCCAGCCAACGUGAUGGGUGAUCUGAGCAAUGCGUUGGCGCGGCGACUGCAAAAUCAAGGCGACUGGUUUUCCGCAUGCCUUUGCUAUGUGAUUGCUGGUGCUUUGGACGAUUUUGGCUCGUGCUAUGGCGCUCUCCUGCAGGAUUCUGAUUUGACUGAUGCACAGCAAGUGUACGCAUGUGUCGAAAAGUUGACGGUGUUGCGUCGCGCCCUUGCGCUACAGCGUGGCCAGUCUCCACCCGUAUCCCCGGCCUAUACGCAGCGCGUGCUCGCGCUCUGCUCCACGUUGGCAGAUCAGCACGAUCUCAAGGCAGCCUAUGGUAUCCUUUCGGCGGCCAUCGAGUCCACCGACCCAUGGCCACGCACGGCCGCGCCGACCUUGCGCACCCAAUUGGCCGUGGCGGCGGGGGCCAAGCCCCUGCCCACCUCGAUCAACCCCAACGCCGUAGCUUCUGCACAGCUGCGCGCCAAUCUGGCCCAGUCCAGCCCCGGUUAUGGCGCCAAUGCUGGUCCCAGUGGCUUUUUCACGGGUCAACCUGCGCCCACGCACAUGUCCAACCCGGCGGCUCGCUCGCCAUAUCCAUCUUCGGCCAUGAACGCAUUCAGCCCCGCUAACAUGGGUGUCCCCAAUGGUCAUGGGGCCAUGUCCGCUGUAUCAGCUGCCUACGGCACGAGUCAUGCGCCAGCCACCAUGCCUGGUGGUUACGGUGCUUCGGGUGCCACGCCCUAUCAGCCACCUGCGGCGUCUGCGCCUCACUCUUCAGCUCCGCCCCUGGCAGCACCGGCCCCAACGUAUCCCGCCAGCUCCUCUUACAACCCCUCGAUGGGCUAUGGUGCCCCCCCGCCCUCCCGCUUGUCCGCUUCUGCGUCCAUGCGUCCAGCAGCCGGCAUGACUCCGCCCAUGGGUCUUCCCACACAGGCAACCGCCUCCGUGGCGCCCAUCACCACUCCUGGCAUGUACGCAGGUGGCCACAUGGGUGCCAACGUGGCUGGGGGUGCCGUGCACGCUGCCGCGACGCCCGCAGCAGCGCCCGUCGCGGCGGUGGCACCCAAGGCGAAGCCAGACAAGCGCUGGAAUGACCCUCCCAUGAUCAUGUCACGGAAGAAACAGCAGUUCCAGGCCCCGGCGCCCAUUGCCAUGCCCAUCGUGGGAGCACCAGAGCAGGCACAGAGCCAGCCAGCUGCAUCGGCCAUGGCUGCAGCUGGUGGUGCAACUGCACAUGCAGCCAUGGGCGGCGCUGCGUCACCAGCUGCAGCGGCGGCUGAGGCAGCCCCAGCUCCGGCGCCCGAACCCGAAGUGCCGGCCGAGUUUCAGCCUCUGGUCGAAAAGUUUGAGGCCUUGGUGGACCAAUACGAUGCGCGAGCCAAUGCCGCACAAAAGCGCAAAUUGGCCGACGUACGCCGGCGAUUGUUGAGCUUGAAGCAAGUGGCUGCCAACCAGUACUUGGAUUCGGAGACGGGACAGUCGAUGUUUUACAGUUUGCAAUACAUUGAGCUUGGGGAUUUUGCCAAUGCCCUGGCUUAUCAGCAGUACCUCACAGCCAACACCAACCCGGAUGUCACGGGGCAACCCCUGAUGGCGCUCAAAGCGCUGAUCAACAUUGCCAAGACGCAAAGUUCUUAAAGCCAAAUAUCAAGUGGGACGCGAGUAUGAAAGCCCCGGAGAGCAAAGCGUGCCCUGCAUGUGGCAGAACCUUUGCGGGUCCAUGACCACGAGACUGAAUUCAUCAAGAG